CGGAACUAGCAAAGAAACGCAUCGGAGUUCUGUCGACGUAGUAGCAGACUAGCAGCCUCCUACAGAGUCCAUGGCGAUGGAGAGGUUCCUGAUGACGCUCGUCUUCUGCGAGGCGCCCCUCGACGGCUGCGGCACCACCGGGGCGAUCAAGCAGCUGGUCUCCGGCGGGGCGACGAAGCCUGCGCCAAACAAGGCCGAUGCACAGAAGGAGCAGGGGUUGUCCGGCAAGUCAACGGCAGAGCGGCGUGCUGGGUUCGAGCUCGCCUUCGACGGCCUCCACUGCUUCGACACCGUCGUCAUGCACUAAUUAAGCAUGCUCUGGUCGAUUAACUACGAACCCCGGCAAGGACAGCGGGAACAUCCCCCGCGCAAACCCUGACAGUGGCGGCGAAGCUGCCCAUGCAGGGUUCACCCCUCUUACUCGAUCCACACCUCGUCAAUGAAUGCACAUAAUACUGUAAUGCAUUGUUCUCUUUUUGUCUUUCUUUGUUCUUUGUGAGGGUUUGAAAUCACUUCGAUGAAUACAUAUACCUUUUCUUUUGCA